AUGCUCGGGCUGCGCCUCGUCCGCCGGCGCGCCGCUGUGCGCUGCAGACCCAGCGCCGCAUUCCACUCGAAGCCCCCAGCGACGGCGGAGAACGUGGCUCUGCUGCGAGACCUGGAGACGGCGCUCAAGACGGACCCGGAGGCUGCGCAGCGACUGAGCGCGCUGCUGUCGCCGUCCACGACCCGGAACUUGUCCAGGGCGCUCAACACAGUGCAGCUCUCAGCGAAGACCCCAGCGGAAGAUGCAGCGGUCUCUAAGGCUGUCACCCCCACCGCUGCCAGUGUGACGCCUCCCACGACGCAGGAGCUCAAGCUGGUGGCGCUGCAAGUCGGUCUGCCCUUCAUCGGCUUCGGCUUCGUGGACAACUUCAUCAUGAUCAUCGCCGGAGACUACAUCGACCUGACGCUGGGCGUGUCGCUCGGCAUCUCGUCCAUGGCAGCUGCUGGCAUUGGCAACACCAUCUCGGACAUCGCGGGCCUGGGGCUGGGCAACAUCGUCGAAGACUUCUGCGCGCGGCUUGGACUACCCGUCCCGGCACUGACGAACGAACAGAUGCUGUUGAAGCAAACGCGGAUGGCCAAGGUGGCUGGCAGCUCCAUCGGGGUGACGAUCGGCUGUCUGCUGGGCAUGGUGCCGCUGCUAUUCCUCGAAACGAGAGACAAGGAGAACAAUUCUGACGCUGAGAUCAAGACCAGCAAGUAG